AUGGCCAUGGCAAGCCACAAGACGACAGUGUCGACACGGGUGCGGUGCGGGACGGACGCCGAGGAGGUGGUGGCGGAAGUGUGCUCCGCUCUGGCUGCGAGCGACAGCGUGGACGGCGUGGUGGCUGGCGCGGCCGAGGCAUGGCUGGCGAGGCGAAGGAGUGUGGGCGGAGCGAGUUCCAUGGCUGAGGACGAGGAGGCGUGGGACGGCGACGAUGAGCUGCGUGGUGCACUGGCUGUGGUGGCGGUGUGUGUGGUGGCGGACGGGAAGGACGGCGCGAGUGUGGCUGCACUGGUGGCGAGCGAUGGUGGUGUUGUUGGCUGGGUCUCGCGGGUGUACUCGGCGAUGGCGGCAGUGGCGGGGCACGGGCUGGACGUGGUGGUGCAGGCGCUGCUGACGGGCGCGGUGAUGGCCACAUGUGGCGUGCUCAAGAUAGGCGUCUCGGACGACGCCAUGGUGGCGGAGAAGAAGCAUGCCGAGCUCAUCGAACCGGUCGACGUCCGCAUUGCCGCCACCCGCACCGCCUGCCUCCGGAUCCAUCCGGGCCUCGAGUACUCGGUCUUUCCCAUCCACGACAUGUGGGGCCCGACCCGCGACGAUCCCGAGCUGGACGCCAUGGUCGUGUCGGCCGAGACCGUGGCUGGCGGCUACGCCAUCCGCAAGGCCCGCAACGAGCGUGGCCUCACACCCGAGAUCGACGUGGUAGUUGUCGACCUUGUUCAGCCGGCAGACGCUGGAGGCAACGACGUCUCGACCAAGGUCUCAUCGUCGGCGCUGCGUGCGGCCGAAGCUGUGCGACAGGCGUGA